UCGCUGAUCUCCGGUCGCCUCCCACCUUUGACACCACUCCCGGGUGGUUUCGCUUUCACCUGCCCCUGGCACCAAGAGGCUGGAACAGACGGAUGGGGCCAUCAUCCCACCGCACCUGACAGCACAGACUGGAACCCUGGGAGGAGAGCAAGGCUUCGGGAAGGCCAUGGCACAGGAAACAAUGCCAGGUGCCUCCCUGGAGGGGAGCCAUCCCACCUACACGUACAAGGUGGUUCUGCUGGGCAGCAUGUCGGUGGGGAAGUCAAGCCUGGCCUACCGAUACGUGAAAAAUGACUUCAGGGAGUUCCUGCCAACCGUGGGCUGCUCCUUCUUCACACGCACACACAACCUGGAGGCAGCCACCGUCAAGUUUGAGAUCUGGGACACGGCAGGCCAGGAGAAGUACCAAAGUGUCUGCCACCUCUACUACCGGAAUGCCCACGCUGCUCUGCUCGUUUAUGACAUUGCUAAGAAGGAAACACUCAAGAAAGCAAAGCUGUGGCUGGAGGAGCUGGAGAAGAAAUUCCUUCCUGAUGAAAUUGUCAUUGCUUUGGUGGGCAACAAAACAGACCUUGCUGCUGAGCGAAAGGUCACCACUGAGGAGGGGGCAGAGUUGGCACGGACAAAAGGCCUCCUGUUCAUGGAGACAUCUGCAAAAUCCAACCAUCAAGUAAAUGAUAUCUUCAUGGCCAUAGUCCAAGAGCUCCUACGUCGGGAAAAAGAGAAGGCAUCUGCCCCAUCCCCACACGAGAGAUCAACAAUUGACCUGAAGGAGGGCACGCCACAGAGGAGGUGCUGCUGGCUCUGAGGACAUGCAACUCUGGACCUCAGCCAUGACUGGAUGAAGUCUCCAUGAGGAGCAGUGGGGACUCAGAAGUGCAGAAGCAGCUCAGCCUGACCACCCUCCCCCUCAAAGCAAGUUCAGAGCCCACCCCGGGUGCACAGGGCCUCUUCAACCCUCUAGCACUCUCUUCAUCCGAGAGCUAAAGCACAGGGUUUUCUUCCACCAAGCUUCCACUUCCAGAGAAGAGCACAACCUGCUAGCAACACUACCACCAACCCUGACUGGUGAUAUCCCCCCACCCCAGCUGCACAUCACCUCCUCCAUCUCCCUUUCCAUCUGAAAAGGGAGGGUUUAGCUUUCCAGAGCAAAGCAGGUGCAUUCUGGGGACUU